CAACCGCCGGCGCGAGGCUCUGUACGGAGGGCAGGGGGGGCGGGGCCCGAGGCUGUUGAACGGCGGAAGCUCCGACCAAUAAACAUCUGACUUCGACGCAUGACCCCGCCUUCUCCUCAGUCUCGCCAAUAGAGCGCCCGGGGGCGGGGCCAAUGAACGGUCCCGGGAGGGGCGGACUCCGGGAGAAGGCGGCCGGAAGUCAGAGCGGUUUUGACAGCAGGGGACUGCGCGGAGGCGGCAGCGGAGACUGAACUGUCCGGGUCUGCAAGAAGCAGCUGCCUCAGGGACACUUCCCCAUGUGCAUCAUCUUCUUUAAGUUUGACCCUCGUCCUGUUUCCAAAAAUGCAUACAGACUCAUCCUAGCGGCGAAUAGAGAUGAAUUCUACCAUCGACCAUCCAAACUGGCUGACUUUUGGGGCAGCAACAAUGAGAUCCUUAGCGGUCUCGAUAUGGAAGAAGGUAAAGAAGGAGGGUCAUGGCUUGGAAUCAGCAAGAAAGGGAAGCUAGCAGCCCUGACAAAUUACAUGCAGCCAAAGCUUGAUAAAGGUGCCAAAGGCAGAGGUGAGCUCGUCACCCACUUCCCGACCCGGAUUGAUGCCGUGAGCAAGCUCAGAAAUGGGAAGGGGAAGAUUGGAACAGAAGGCCAUGGUCACCAAGGGCCGAGCUUCGCUGCUGCUGAGCUCGGCACCACCAAGGGAGACAUAUUUUGCUACUAUGGAAACCGAGGUGAGCAAGAGCCUAUCGUAUUAACGCCGGGUGUGUACGGACUGAGCAACUCCCUUCUGGAGACUCCAUGGAAGAAGCUUCAGUAUGGGAAGCAGCUCUUUGUGGACGUCAUCGACCAAAGCCAGGACCUCAGCCGGGAAGACCUGAUCGGUGAGCUGCUCAAAGUGAUGAAUAAUGAGGAAUGCCAAUUGCCAGACCCUGCCAUAGAGGACCAGGGCAAGGACUACAUCCUGCCCAUCCUAAAUAAGUACGCGGCUGUGUGUGUGCGCUGCCCGGGCUACGGCACGAGAACAAACACCAUUGUUCUCAUCGACGCUGAAGGGAACGUCACUUUCACGGAGCGCAGCAUGAUUGAUGAGGACAUCAACCAAUGGAAGACCAACACCUACCACUUCCAGCUGCAGAGUGAAUAACUUUGCACUUGACUGGGCGCCAAUGAAAGGAACGAGAGAGAGCCCAGGCCGGGGAAGCUGUUCGAGCGCCACCCCGCCCUUUGCACAGCCCCCAAGAGAAAAUCCCCAGCCAGAUUUGCCCUGCCUUUCCAAAAUGUAUUUAUUGCCUCCUUAGUAUUCCCUGUGAGUGUCCAGUGCUGAGCCGGCCUAGAGUUGCUGCUGAUGGCGACAGAAAUCAGCCGCUUGGUGCCUCCUUGGCCGGUCCCUCGUGCUAGCCAAGGCGCAUAUGGAUGGAGUCUUAGCUUUCCCCAAGGAUCUGGCCCGUGACCCCCUAACCCCUCUCCUCCCCCCCUUCCUCACCCCUCAGGGUCUCUGAGCAUGGAGAAGGGAGGAGCAGUGGAGGGGGCCACCAGGUUUUCCAGGCCCAACUUUCCCUCCCAAGUACAGUUUCCCCCUUGGCUCUCCUGCCGGCUUACCCUGAUCUUUUUUUAAUUAAGUCAAAACUGUAGGGAACCUUUGGGUGAACCCCACACGACUUGGCUCAUCUGGUUCGCACAGGCCCCUUGGUAUCCCUCAAUCACGGACGAUAAACUUCCAAUGAAGUUAAGGAGAGAGCCCGAGGAGAGCCGGCUCCGAAAACUCCUCCAAAGCCAGGUCGAGCAACCCCUGGCAGCCAGCGGGGGGCUGGCAGAGGCCUGGGGAGAGGCGGCUUCCUGCGUGGCCCUUCCCGUCCGAAGCGUCCAGGCCGGUUCGGAGCUCCCGCUGGGACGCUGCCCUCUCGGGCCGGGUUGCUCGGCCACUGGUGGCCUGAUCCUCGGGGGACCGCUGCCAGCCAGGGCCCGCGGGCCUCCGGGAGGCAGGAAGUCGUCCAUAGCAGUAUGGCUGGGGAUCUGACAAUAAAAUACAUGUUCUGAACGGACCAGUGACCCGUAUGUAA